CACACUUCAAGAAAUACUUUUUAACUGCUUAGUUAACUUUCUCGCUCGUCGUCCAAGGUGUUUAUAUUUUUUUAUUCUGUGAAAAUGUGCAACAAGUGAGUGAUAACCAUAAAAAAAGUGUCGCAGGAUUAUUCAGCGACAGUGGACAAUUCAGGGUUAUCAUCUUUUAAGACGGAAGAUCAGGUCUUUCUAAUCACGGACUUGAGCAGAUAAAUUUGGAUUAUUUCAGGCGUUUUGAGUGUUUUGAUGAGUCUCUUGCAAGGCAUGGACUAACUUUACAUUUUCGUCUCUCAACUUUUUGAUCUACAUUCGCAGCCGAUAAAAAUCACAGCUUGAUGGAAGAAGAAGAUUUUCCUGAAUAUGAAUGUUUCCAGAAUGGAUCGCGUUUUGAACAAGAUGACGACACUGAUAGUAGUCUCGUUGCUGAAGAAAAAAGUAAGCUGGGGGAGAUGACGUUUUAUAUGACACAACAUUUGAAGCAAGCCAUGCAGAUGAUGUUUGUGAUGCGUGAUCAUCAUAUGCUGACUGAUGUAAUUCUAGAAGUUGGUUCUGAAUUACUUCACGCGCACAAGGUUAUUUUAGCAGCAGGAAGCCCCUACUUCAAGGCCAUGUUUACUGGAGGACUUAAAGAGAGUGAAAUGACAAGGGUCAAACUACAUGGAGUAUGUCCAACAUCAAUGACACGAUUACUGUUCUUUAUGUACACCGGUCGAAUACGAGUGACUGAAAUAACAGUUUGUUCACUGCUACCAGCUGCCAAUAUGUUUCAAGUGACCAAGGUCAUUAAAGCGUGUUGCAAAUUUUUGGAAAAACAACUUCAUCCAACCAAUGCAAUAGGAAUAUCUGAUUUCGCUGAACAACAUGGGUGCCAAAAGCUUUUUGUAAAAGCUAAUCAAUACAUUGUACAAAACUUUAGUCAAAUUUGCAAAGAAGAUGAAUUUCUGCAACUCUCGGCCGUGCGACUGGUGGCUCUCGUAAAGAAGGACGAGCUAAAUGUUCAAGAAGAGCGGGAAGUUUACAAUGCCGUCUUAAAGUGGGUAAAAUACAAUGAGGAAGCAAGAGGACCGAAAAUGGAACAUAUUUUACAAGCCGUUCGAUGUCAAUACCUCACGCCAAAUUUUCUGCAAGAGCAAAUGAUAAAUUGUGAUGUUUUGAAAAAGGUCCCGGCAUGUCGCGAGUAUCUUGCGCAAAUAUUUAGAGAAUUAACUCUUCAUAAAAGGCCAGUGGUUAAAGAAAGGACACCUAAUAAUAUGCCAAGAAUAAUAUACCUUGCAGGAGGAUUUUACGGAAAGUCAUUAGAUAUUUUGGAGGGGUUUAAUGUCGAUGAUAAAACUUGGACUACGUACGCGAGUUUAAUUGUUCCACGGUCAGGACUUGGAUGUGCAUUUGUCAAGGGCGUACUCUACGCAGUGGGUGGACGAAAUAAUAUACCUGAAACCGGGACCACGCAUGAUAGUGAUUGGGUGGAUAGUUACAAUCCAGUAACGGAUCAAUGGAGACCCUGCAGUCCUAUGUCCCGGACGAGAAAUCGAGUUGGAGUGGCUGUAAUGGACGGAUUAUUGUACGCAGUUGGAGGUAGUACAGGUCGCUAUUAUCAAAAUACUGUAGAAAGGUAUGAUACUGAUGAGGAUGCGUGGCACACGGUUGAACCAAUGCACGUUAAGCGGCUAGGACAUGGUGUUGCAGUUGUUAAUAGGUUACUUUAUGCAGUUGGGGGAUUCGAUGGGAGAGACAGGUUGAACUCGGUUGAAUGUUAUCACCCUGAGAACAAUAAAUGGACAAUGGUUUCGCCAAUGAAGACUAGACGCUCGGGACCUGCAGUAGCAAGUUUAGGCCAAUAUAUAUAUGUAGUUGGAGGAUAUGACGGUAAAAGUCAAACAAGUUCGGUCGAACGAUAUGACACCGAUCGUGAUAUUUGGGAAGAAGUUUGCAGUAUAUCAGUUGCUCGAAGUGCUCUCAGUAUUACUGUACUUGAAGGAAAAUUGUACGCUUUUGGUGGGUACACUGGCGGGACAAUGUUAGAUAUAUUAGAAAUUUACGAUCCCAACAAAGAUCAGUGGGAACUGGGUGUUCCAAUGACAUCCGUACGAUCGGGACACGCCAGUGCAGUAUCGCAUUGUGGUAUAAACAAUUUUGCAGCUGAAGCGCCAUCGUGAUAUUAUUCAUCCUAAGAUUCUACUUUCCGUCGACAGUCGUUUACUAAAUUUCUAUUGAAAUCGGAAUAGAUUUAAUAGGAAAUACAGUGCUCUCACUUCCGAGGGAAAUGUCUGUGGAGAAACUGGGUCUGCGAGAUUCAAAGAAGAACCGUUCGGAGUCGAGGAAUAUUUAGCUUAAAAAUCAAGGGGGUUUCCAUCGUCAUUUUCAAACUUCGGGGCAAACUUUUUGACAAAUUUAGAAAAGUGCUCCCCUAAAGUUUGGACAAAUAAUAAAAUCAUGAUUAUGUGGAUUGGAAUCGAAUAAAAAGUGGAUAUAAGCGAAACUAAAAAGUAAAUUCAAUGUCAAAUUCAAGAUGGUAUAGGAUAAAGGGUCCAAUAGGGUUGUUUCGCAAUUUCAGAUAAGCUUUGUCAAUAAUUUUUUUUCUC